AGAUGAACCCCCCGAUAUUUUUUGAUGUGAUGGUGCACUUGCCUGUCCACCUACCUGAUCAGAUAUUGCUCACAUGACCUGUACAAUAUGGAUGGAUGUACCCAAUUGAGCGGCGGAUGGGUACUUUCAAGAAUUCAAUGAGGAAUAGGGCAAGACCUGAGGGUUCAAUUGCUGAGGCAUAUGUGGCUAAUGGUACCUUGACAUUUUGUUCAAGGUACAUUGAGGAUGUGGACACUAGGUUUAAUCGGGAUGCCCAUGUAAGUAGCGAGGAUGAAUAUCUUGAAGAUGACACCUCUGUUUUUAGGCACGGUGUCAAACUCAUGGGAGCAAACAGGGUCCAGUACAUGGAAGAGGAAGAGAUGGAGAAGGUAGUGUGGUAUGUUCUAAAUAACUGCGAGGAGGUUGAGCCAUAUGUGCACUUGUUCAAAGAGGAGUUAGAGAGAGAUGGAGGUCAUGAUGUUGACAAAAGGCUUCAAAAAGAAUUUCCUAAGUGGUUUAACAACCAUAUCAGGGAGCUCAGAAGACAAAAACCGGAAGAGGUUAGCAAAGGGUUGUAUGCAUUGUCAUGUGGACCUGAUCUUCGAGUCAAGAAAUGUGCGUCUUGCAGCAUAAAUGGAAUUCAUUAUAGCACCCUAGACCGUGAGAAGUUCCGGCAUACACAAAAUAGCGGAGUCAUGACUGAAGGUACACAUGAAGGGGCAAUCAUUGAUUUUUAUGGUGUCCUUAGGGAGAAAUUUGAACAUUGGGAUAUUUAUGAUGUGUGUGAAAAAGAGGCUCGCCACGGUGAGGUACACCAAGAUGAUAGUUGUUCUGAUACAGAGCGUGAAGUUCAAGAAUUUAAUGUUGAUGGAGACCUGCACAUGGUACAAGAUGAUGGAGAAGUCACUAUUGUUGAAGGUAAUUUAGGCGACCUAAUAGCAAGGAACAAGAAGGCGACCAUGGAAGGGAUUGAUGAUGAAAUGGAGGAAGAUGACACCAUAUUGCAGUACUGCAGUGAUAAUGGCAGCACGGAAGUCGAUGAUAUCGAUAGUGUAGACAGCGAUGAUGAUUGA